AUGAUUUUCAAGAACAGUUCAGAUGUGGAAUAUACAAACAGCGUCCUCAGUGACGGCCCUGGCUCGAGCCACGACAUCUUGCACGAUGAUGUGACUGUGAGGGAGACCUCUCAUCUCAUCUUGAGCAUCAUCCUUGAGCAUGCCCUCAACAAGUUCGAUCACGGCAAGGACCGAUUUGAGGGGAUUGCCGACACGUUCCUCCCAAUUAUCGACCAGUCGGUGGCGGCCAGGACGCGGAUCGAGGCCUGUCUUCCUGCCUUUCCCUUCAAGUCCGCCAACAAAGUAUACAAGGUCCUUGGAACUCUACCCGACAAGGCGGAAGAACUGGCCCUGGACCGCUUGAAUCGCAUGUGUGUACGCAUCAAGGAAGUAUACCCACCUGGGGCACGGAUUACGAUCAUCUCUGAUGGCAUCACAUAUAAUGAUCUUCUGUGCAUAUCGGACCGAGACACCUGGGCUUACGGGGAAGCUCUACGCGAGAUGGCGGUCCAGAAACAGUUUACAAACGUAGCCUUUUCCAGAAUCAAAGACUUGCUCGACCUUCCCCUGCCAAAGAGGAUGAGUGAGAUUGUCUAUAUCGCCAACUGCACCGCGUUCCGACGGUUGCUUCUCAAUAAAUACGGAAACCCUGAUCUUGAUAUUGACCACGAGAUUGCCACAAAUCCCGAUACCAAGCUGACCUAUCUGGGAUACAAAAGAUUCCUAGAGUCCGAUUUGAAGCAUAUCUUGCAUAUAGGACGGGACAAGUCUGCUCACAGCUACAAGCAGGAUUGCAAAUAUCUUGCGAAGCAGAUGCUGAUAAGAGGAUAUGCCUUUGCGGGAAUGAUCAAAGAUGCUUUCCCCAACCAUCUACGGCUCUCCAUCCAUGAAUCACUAAGCGGUAAUAAAUUAUCGAUAUCCUUGUUGAAUACCAUGACUGGAUUCACCACACCAUGGCACUGCAGUGUCGCUCAGCUAGCCAAUGGGGAGUGGGUAAGCGCUCCUAUGGGCGAGUUCAGGAAGGACGACAAGCUUGAGCUGGUGUACGAGGAUGGCCGACCAAGUCACUUCAGACAAAAGGCCUCUGAGCGAGGCGCUGGCGCAACCAUUGAGACGAUGGCGAGCUACCUCCGACCAGCCAAGGCCCUUAAUGCCAGUGAAUAUCUCAACAGAGCACUUUCUUCACCAUCCGUGAGCGCCGAAAGCAGCACAGGGAUGACAUUGGAAACACAGUCUCACCCGAGCCUUGUCUUGAGUGAUUUAGACCUCAUGGGGGACGACAAGCCGAGUGGUGAAUCAUUGCCAAAUCCAGCCGGGGCGAGUGGUUCAAUACCAUAUGGCAAGAGGCUUAUCCCCCAAAUCAUGGACAACUUGGCUGCCACCGAGCCGGAGCGUACAGUCUUUUCCCUCACAACGCUGUCGGGUGGUUCACUUGGUUUCAGGCACAUAUCCGCUAGCACCUUCACUAGGGCUGUUGACAAGACCGCCUGGUGGCUUCGUGGCCAGCUUGGAAAGCUUGACUCGAUCCAGCCUGUAGGCUACAUUGGACCACAUGAUUUGCGACACGUACUGCUGACCUACGCAUGUGUCAAGGCUGGAUAUACGGCCUUGUUCUUGUCACCGAAGAACAAUACGGAAGGGGUACUGGCCGUUCUCGAGGCAACGAAAUGCAAUGUAUGGGUCAAUGCAUGCGAUGUAACUCCAGUUCCUCUGGUGAAAGAGGUCCUAGAGAAGCGGCCCAUGACCCUCUUGCAACUCCCUCUACUGGAUGAACUUCUCGAUGCCACACCCACCGAACCAUUUCUGUACAUUAAGACCUUCGAAGAAGCCCGCGACGACCCAUUCUGCUUACUGCAUACAUCUGGGACCACAGGUGCACCCAAACCUAUUCCCUGGUCCCACGGUCUUAUCGGCACCAUGGAUGCUGUGCGACUUCUUCCACCUGUCGCCACCCAUGACUAUCUACCACCGUGGACAACGGAUUGGAAUCCAGGCGAUACAAUUUACUCAUCUUUUCCCAUGAGCCACGGAGCCGGAAUCAUUAUGGAUAUCCUGAUGCCAGCACUGUUCAAUCUGCGGUGCAUCUUAGGACCAGUGGACGUCCCUCCUAACAUCAAUUUGGUAGAAGCUCUUGCAGGUAACACUCGAGUUGACAUCUGGAGCAUGGUACCAUCCCUGGUCGACGAGUUGGGAGAGACUCCGGUGGUAUUGUCAAAGCUCAAGACAUCCAAGUUCAUCUGUGCAUCUGGCGGUCCCGUCAGUCCGGUCAGCGCUGGCAAAGUCAACGAGAUAAUCAGAGUACUCAACUUGACUGGUACAACCGAGGGUUUGUUCAUCGGUAACCUCGUACCACCCCGAGACGACUGGUUCUGGUUUUGCUUCCAUCCGUACUCGGGCUUCGAAUUCAAGGAAAUCGAGGCCGACACGUAUGAGCAUUGGGUUCAUCGCAACGAGCACUGGGAGCUGUUCCAGGGAAUCUUUCAUACCUUCCCAGACCGACAAUCAAUUAACUUCAAGGACUUGUACAUGAAGCAUCCCACCAAGCCCAACCUGUGGGCUUUCAUGGGAAGAAGCGAUGAUCUUGUCGUGUUAUCCAACGGAUAUAAAAUAUCCCCCCUGGAGACAGAAGCAUUGAUCACGACGCAUCCUGCCAUUAAUGGAUGUCUUAUUUUUGGAACCGGGAAGCCGCAAGCAGGUCUGCUGAUCGAGCUGAAAGAUCCAUCUCAGAAGACCGAUGAACUACUUGACAGAAUUUGGGAAACGGUCAAAAAGGCCAACUCGAUGUCCAGACACAAAGGUCAGCUACUGAGAGACUUUGUCACUUUUGCUACCCCGGAUAAACCCUUUCUUCGGACAGAUAAGGGCACGGUGAAACGGGGCGCCACUCUCCGGCUUUAUUUCGACUACAUCGAGCGAUUUUACAGCUCGCGUGGUGAGGAUCUAACCGACAGCUUUGACAUGAACAUGAGCUCGACAGAGGCAAUCCAGGAGAAUGUUCGAAAGAUCUUCGCCUCUUCAGUUCCUGAAGUACAGCAUGCCUCUCUGGAUACGGACCUGUUCGCCCUCGGGUUGGACUCUCUUGGUGUCUUUGCGGCUAUCAAGACUAUUCGGACAGCUACAGGUCUCGGGGAUAGCAUCGGUCCUCGCCACGUUUAUGCCAGCCGAAGUGUCAAUGAGCUAUCGGCUACUAUCGUACGACUGGCAGCGGAGGCAGAGAGUAACAGUAAAACAUUGAGCAGCCCAGGCAAUAGCAGUACAGCAAAUAUUGAGCAUGCAGUGGCGCAGCACAAGGCGCGACAGUCAUUCAGCUUGAACGCCUUCGACUACGUCAACCCAAAUCACGGCAUGGGCUUGGUCUUUUACUUUUCAGUCCGCGAGGGAGUCAGCUACGAGCAAGUAUUCGACAACCUACAGGAGGGUCUCAACCGCACAUUUGACCUGAUACCAGCUCUUAGUGGCAAGAUGAUGAACUGCUCGGAGCAAGCGAUCGGCUAUACCAAAGGAGACCUUUGCGUGACGAUUCCCCCUCUGUCAGAGGCAGCCUCUGUCCGAAACCGCCUUGUCUACAAGGACCUUUCCGCGGUUCUCCCUUCAUUCGACAAAUUGCGCGAGGGAGGGUUUGCUCCGUCUGCAUUCAAGGAUAGUCUGGUCCUCCGUGACGACCCCUUCCCCAAGAUGCCAGCAGAUAUUAUUAUCGGACAAGCCAACUUUGUCUCCGGUGGCUGUAUCCUAGCCGUCGACCUCAAUCACUGCUGCCUCGAUGGUCUCGGUGCCAUGGUCGCCAUCAAAGCCUGGGCCGAGAACUGCCGAUACCUGCAGGGCGAUGAGUCGGCAACGUGCAGCUGGUAUGAUCCUGAGAGCUUCAAUCACAGUCUACCUGAGAUUCUCCACGAACAAGAAGGCUGGGCUCGACCACUUGAUACAAUCAAUCCUGGUACCUGGGGGUUCCUUCCGUUCGUGCCCCCCGACGAGAACUCAACCACAAAUACCAAAUCGCCAGACCCCAAUGGAGUUUCAGAUACAACCCUCUCACCACGUCCCCUCUACCCCCUGCACCCCAUCUGGCCCCUCCCUCGCGCCGAGCGAUGCCUCAAAACCACCCUUCUAUCAAUCACACCCGAGAACAUCGAAGCCAUGAAACAAGAAGUCCUAUCCGACCCCACAACCAACGGUCUGAUAACCUCCAUCAGCGACAUCCUCCAAGCCUUCAUCUGGCGUGCCGCCAUUCGGGCCCGAUACCGACCCGGACGAGGUCUCCAUCCUCGAACUCCCCGUCGACGGCCGCCCAUACUUCUCCUCCCACUUACCCCAACCUACAUGGGCAGCAUGCUCAUCCUCAACCGCUGCACCAUGCCCAUCAAAACCCUCUGCGCACCCGAGACCACCAUCGGACAGGUAGCCCUAAUGCUCCGCCAGUCCGCCGCGCGCAUCACACCCUCACUCGUCCACGACGCAUUCACUAUCCUCCAGUCCCUUCCGGACCAUAGUCGAUUCUCGACAGCUAAUAUGGGUCUGGAACACAUGCAUGCGAUGAUCUCGAACAUGUUGCUGUUUCCAGCUGAUGAGAUACGUUUCGGGACGGAGUUGUUUGGGAAUGGAGGGUCCCCAGAGUCGAUGCGUCCGCAGCUAGAACGGGGGAAUGGGCGGUUUAGAUUCUUGGCUGUUUUGCCGAUGAAGAGGGAUGGGGGGGUGGAUUUGGCGUUGGGGACGCAUCCGGAGGAGUUGCAGAUGUUGUGGGCGGAUGAAGAGUUUGUGAGGUAUGUGGAUGUUGUGGAUGUUUCUGGGUAG